AUGCCAGAUAACGGCAAAGACGUAAAGUCUGAAGCGCAAGACGACAGGGAAAAGCGCGACAAGACCGAGAACAAUGGUGGCCAUGCUCACUCGGCCAAGAGCCCCAAAAAACGCCGCAAGGUCAACCACGCUUGCGUCUACUGCCGGCGAUCUGAACGACCAUGUACAAGAUGCAUCAAGCGCAAUAUUGGCCACCUCUGCCACGAUGAGCCCCGCGAUGCCGAUUCCAAAAAAGCCAAGAGCUCUCACGCGCCAUCCGCUGUCGACGAGUCCGAGACGACGCAAUCUGAGCUCACGAGAAGCUCCAUCGACCAAUCUGCGACCGGGUCCAUGGGCCCGCCGCCCCCUUUCGACCGCAAGGCGUCUGCUUUUGGCGCCGCUGUACUGGGCCAGGGGAACCCGCUGCACCUCGUGUCACCGGGGGCAGGCACCGGCAUGGCGGGAAACGGCAGCAAUGUGAACCAAUUCGCUGGAUUCUCCGAUGCCUGGUUGACGGCCCAGAACCACUACCACGACAUGCAAAGCUAUCACCCCAACAACUACUUGAUCGCCCCCGAAGUCACGCACGAGUUCAACCUGUUGAAUGACUUUCUGCAGACGAGCUUACUGGAUGACGGCGGCAUUGUCUCCGACGAGUCCCAAAACAGCCCUGCUUUCAGCAGGACCGCGGGCGCCAACGAUAUGCUGCCGACGUUUGGAAAUCAUAAUGGGAAUAACCGGGCCGGUGCUAGCAAUGGCAAUAAUGCGCUUUCGCAGAUGCUGCCUCCACAGAACCUGGAGCAGGGCAAGGCGAUAUCACGGCCAGGCAGCAUCGUUCAGGGCGACAAAGACAAGGCGCGUGAAUACUACCUCCAGGCGGCCGAUCCGUCAGGAAAUGAUACCCCUGAGGAGCGCAUGGACCGUGUAUUAAAGGCCAAGUACGAGGCUGGUCUGCUGAAGCCUUUCAACUACGUCAAGGGCUACGCGCGACUGGGCACGUACCUGGAUGGCCACAUCGCUGCAUCAUCGAAGCAGAAGAUUCUGCGAACGAUCGAUCGAUUCCGACCCAAGUUCCGCGAAAAGGCGCAAGCUCUGACGGAUAUGGAACUGCUCUACGUGGAAAUGUGGUUCGAGAAACAGCUCAUGGAGUACGACCGUGUAUUUGCCAGUAUGGCGGUGCCAGCGUGUUGUUGGCGGAGAACUGGAGAGAUCUUCAGAGGCAAUAAUGAGAUGGCGGAACUUCUCCAUGUGCCUGUGGAGAACCUACGCGAUGGCAAGAUCUCACUCCACGAGAUUCUGACGGAAGAGUCUCUCGUGCGAUACUGGGAAGAGUUUGGAACCAUCGCCUUCGAUCCCGCUCACGAUACGUUACUUACAGCCUGCACACUAAAGAACCCAGACGACAAGGCGACAGACCCGGUGGUUCAUUGCUGCUUCUCAUUUAUGAUUCAACGAGAUAACCACAAAAUCCCUACACUCAUCGUAGGUAACUUCUUGCCCAACGAUCCAGCCCGGCCGUAA